CUGGUGACAAUAAUUUACACUAUUCAAAGGUAAAUACAUUAAUGAAACAUUUCACAUGAAGAGUCUCCCCAGUUUUAUAUGCGUAUACAACAUCACCUGGAGCCUACCAAUUGCCCCACUACAGUCUACACAGCGACUGCUUCCAUUUCAUAGAAGGCUAGUUGUACAGAUGUGACAUCUUUCAUCAAAGAAGCACAGUGAGAAUAAGCCAAAUGGAGUACGUUGACGCAGCAAAAAUCUGAUGGCCCAGUCUUCUAUGGUAGGUGGGGAGUUGCUUUCAGAAAAGGCCAAUCCGCCAAGCAAGGGAUAUAGAAGGGGGAAAUUGCACUGCUAUAACCACCAUAUCGGUCAGUAUGUAAAUGCAUGCCCCAGUUUCACCUGAACCUUCUUUCGGCUUUCUAUUAAAUCUGCGCAAGGUGCUUUAUGUCUAGCAUCUAAACGCGUGCCUCAUAUAAGAACAGACUUGCUUUUCUGCCUUAAUAUUAAACUAAUUUCAGCACUCUUGUAAGCUGUGAUCAUGACCAGUUGGAAACUUUAUCUUGCUAAAAAGUAGUGUAUAAGUUAAUACUCAAGUUGUAGAAAAAAGUUUCCAUGUGUAAGAAUAGGAGCCAUCUGCCAAAAAAAAACUUUGAAUUAUUUGAUAAAGAAAUACAAAAGGUAGGUUCAUAAAAGUGGCAUCUCUAGCAGUCUCUCUCUCUCUCUCUGUCUCUCAAAAGAUAAAAUAAAACUGCCAAUUAAUUCAUCGUCUCAUGUUUGGGUUGCAGAGCAGACAAGCAAGCUAUUCUUAUGACUGAAAGAAGGCUGGUUCAAACCCCAAACCACUUCUGACCUAGUCUACACUCUGAUUGGGGAAAAAACAUGAAAAAUCAAUUAGUCCACAUCCAUUUCGUUAUAUAAGCAUAGCCAAGUUAGAGAAAGGGAGCUGAAUCAUAGGACAGACAGAAAGGAGGCAGAAAUACACAAAGAGAUGGCAGCAGCCCUACCAUGCCUAAUCUUUGCAGCCACCCUGAUGCUAGCAAGCAUCAAGAGCAGCACAGCGUCCAGGAUGGCGAAGCCUGGGUGCCGAGAAACAUGUGGCAACCACACCAUCCCAUACCCCUUCGGCAUCGGUGAAGGUUGCUUCCGCGAAGGGUUCGAUGUUUCAUGCGAGAACAACAGUGUUUACAGGCAUAACUCAAGCAGCAGAAUAAAGAUCUACAACAUCAGUCUGCUAGGAGGGCAGGCCCGAGUCACCACCUUGAUUGCAUCCAAGUGCUUCAACGAGACAGGGGGAUGGGCCUGGUUAAAUACGGGUAAGUUUUUUACAAUAUCAACCAAGGCAAAUAAAUUAACAGCGGUUGGAUGCAACACCCUUGCAUUCCUGGGAGGCUUUAACGAGCACAGAGUGGGAGCUGGGUGUUUCUCGAUGUGCGCAGACAAGCGAAGUGUGGAUGAAAGUGAUCAGUGCUCUGGAAUGGGCUGUUGCCAGACAUCUAUUGCGCCAAACCUCAAUUUCUCCAAUAUAACAUUCGAUGACAGAUUCGACAAUUCUGAGGUGAGUGGCUUCAACCCAUGCAGCUAUGCUUUUGUCGCCGAGCAGGAUUGGUUCAGGUUUGAGGCUUCUUAUCUUGAGGAUAAUAAAUUCAAAGAGAAGUUCAAGGAUGGAGUACCCACUCUGCUUGACUGGGUUGCUGGAAAUGAAUACUGUGAUGAAGCCGUGAAGAACAUGUCAACGUAUGCCUGUAUUAGCAAGAAUAGCCGGUGCAUCACAUCACCAAAUGCUACAGGAUAUCUCUGCACCUGCAACAAUGGUUUUGCAGGCAAUCCAUACCUGGAAGAAGGAUGCCAAGAUAUCAAUGAGUGCAAUUUCCCAGAUGAGUAUCCUUGCCAUGGAAUUUGCAGCAAUAUAAUUGGGGACUACGAUUGUUCAUGCAAAUCUGCGACUCAGAGUGCAGAUCCAAAGAGAAAAACCUGUGACCCAAUUGCAGUUUCAGAAAGAGCUAGAUUAACAAAAAUGUUUGCAGGUAUUUCAGCAUGUGCAGUACUUCUCCUUAUCUGCAUUUUUGCACUCCUGAUUGAAUGUCAGAAGAGAAAGCUGGUGAAAGAAAAGCAGCUUUUCUUCCAACAAAAUGGUGGCCUGCUAUUAUAUGACCAAAUCAGGUCAAAGCAAGUUGAUACAGUGAGAAUAUUCACAAGGGAAGAACUAGAGAAUGCAACAAACAAUUUCGACUCAAGCAGAGAAUUAGGAAGAGGUGGCCAUGGAACUGUUUACAAGGGAAUUCUCAAAGACGGCAGAGUGGUAGCCAUAAAGCGCUCAAAGGUUAUGAACAUGGACCAGAAAGAUGAAUUUGCGCAAGAGAUGGUUAUACUUUCACAGAUAAACCACAGGAAUGUGGUAAAGCUUCUAGGAUGUUGCUUAGAAGUGGAAGUCCCAAUGUUGGUCUAUGAAUGGAUCUCAAACGGCACCCUAUUCGAGCUGAUGCAUGGUAAAAACAGAAGAUUUCCUGUUUCACUGGAUACUCGUCUCAGGAUAGCUCAGGAAUCUGCAGAAGCAUUAGCAUAUCUGCACUCAUCAGCAUCCCCUCCCAUAGUUCAUGGAGAUGUAAAAUCUCCAAACAUUCUCCUAGGCGACAACUACGCAGCAAAAGUGACUGAUUUUGGAGCAUCAAGAAUGCUUCCUACGGAUGAAAUACAGUUUAUGACAAUGGUACAGGGAACUAUAGGUUAUCUUGACCCUGAAUACUUGCAAGAGCGUCAACUAACAGAGAAGAGUGAUGUUUAUAGUUUUGGAGUUGUGCUCCUAGAGCUCAUCACAAUGAAGUUCGCAAUUUAUUCCGACAGUGCUGGAGAAAAGAAAAACCUUGCAUCAUCCUUCCUUCUGGCAAUGAAAGAAAAUGGACUUUAAUUCAUCUUGGACAAGAAUAUAUUAGACUUCGAAACGGAGCUGCUCCAAGAAAUUGCUCAACUGGCAAAGUGUUGCUUGAGUAUGAGGGGGGAAGAACGGCCAUUAAUGAGAGAGGUCGCCGAGAGGUUGAGAUCAAUACGAAGCACCUGGAGAGAACAAUUGAUUCAGAAUCCUAGCCGGGAAACUGAAUGUUUGCUUGAGAACUCAUCACACUAUGACCCUUCUAGCACUGGACAGCACGGAAGUCUGAUGGCGCUAGAUUUAGAAAGUGGUAGAUGAUAAAUUGCUUAUGAAAUCAUAGAUUGUAGCAGAGAUUGAAUUUAAUAUUUCGUGCCUUAAAUGUCAUGCAAAAACGUGUCAUUUUGUUUUUAAUUGUAACAAACCUCCUGGCAUGAACAGCAAACUUCUAUGUACCAUGAUUUGAAGUAUUCCAGUAUGUCCAAAAAAGCAGAGUUGAUAUAUUUUGUUUUUAAUUGUAACACACCUCCUUACAUGAACAGCAAAUUUCUAUGUACCAUGAUUUGAAGUAUUCCAGUAUGUUUAAAAAAGCAGAGUUGAUAUAUUAUGUAAUGUUUUUUGAGCUAUCAUCUUCCUCUAGGAAUCUAGUGAACAGUUCUGUAAAGGCUCAGA